GUGCCUCCAAAAGCGCAACCGCCCGCGUCGAGGGAAGCGGAAUGGGGAAGGGUUGGAGCUCAAAGUGAGACCAACAGGCGGCGGAGUGCGCUGAUGCCAGCUCGAACGAGUGAAAGCGAGGGCAGGAAAUCGCGUGUUUUGGGAAGAGUGAGUGUGCUGCUGGCAGUUGUCGCUCUGCCCCCCUAUGCUUCAUGUUGCUGGUUGCCCGCUAGAGACCAUCACGUGAAAGGGGUCACCGCCUGGCACACCGCCAAAGAAGGCGCUUCCAUGGCUCCUUCACUUGUGGAUGUAUUACCAGACACGGUAACCGUUCCAGUGUUCACAACAGCCUACUUUGGGGGGGGGAGUUAUAUUGAGGUGAUGAUUAUACUAUCAAACAGACAAAACGCUCCGCACAUCAACUACUGA